UGCGAGUGAAACAGCUGAAUUUUGCCUCGGCCUUAUGCAGCAUGACGAUGUCGAACAUCCGUACCUUUGCAGACGAACUGCGGGCUGCAGUCGAGCAGGCUGCAGUCAAAAGGGCCAACGAGCGGCCAGCAAAACGACUCUGCAUGGCUUCAGAGAAUGGAAAUUGGCAUUCUCCGACACCGACGAUUGCGACCGUUGCGACUGUGGGAACAGCGGGAACAGCGGGAACAGCGGGAGCAGCAACUGCGAUGCUUGCGGCAACGCAGAUGCCGCCCCAAGAGCGCACCACUUUUCCUGUCUCAAAUCCUGCCAGCAUUUCUCUGCAAACUCCAGAGCCAGAUGGAGGAAAAGCAGUGACAGAACAGAAAGAAAAGACAGAAAAGACAGAAAACAAAAAUACCCAGAAUACUGAGACAGCUGAAGCAACCACUGCCACUGAGAAUACCAAAGAUGCUGAGCUAAACGGCUCAGCAAAAGCUCCCAACAAGAAGACACCAAUACGACAAACGAGCUUUGAAGAGAGACUGGAUGCUUUUGUGGGCAAUCUGGAUCUUUCAGAGGUAGAGAUAGAAGAUGUCCCGUUGUCGCCAGAGGAGCAGAGUCGAAAGGACUUUGCGGAUCGCCUGGACCGGCGAUUGGAUGAGGAAAGCCUCGGGAGCACGCUCGAAGAACUGAAUACAAAGGCUUCAUCAUGGGGUGCUCUGAGGAGAAUGAGAAGCAUUGGACUGCUUUUAGUCCAUGUGUCCAGGUCUUCCAGGGCCUGCCGCGCCGCCUUCGUCGCGAAAGGCCUGCCACUGUUGGGUGAGCUCCUGACAGAUAGCGUGGGGGUUCUGGAGGAAGGGCCCGAUGGUGAACGUCAUGAGGCCACCAUGAGAUGCAUGGCCUGCCUAGCCUGUCUGCUGAACUUGUCCGUUGGCCGGGCCAUCAUGUGGGAGCACAGACAAAUCUUGGGAAAACCAUUUGAUCGUCUUCACCGUUGGUGUGGCCGUGAAAAGACAGCUAGAGCAGCUGAUCUUAGGGGACCUUGCACUACUCUGAGCAGGAGAUGGCAAAAACAAGCAAAACCUGCCAGUUCAGACACGCCUCAGAACAAAGCUACGAGAGUGAAGGUGCUGGAGAUGAUUAAGCAAGGCUUGGAGGGUGCUGACGCGGAAAUCCUCAAGAAGUCCUUGCCAUUGAGCACAGUGGCAUCGGAGAUUGAAGCAUCGCUCUAUGGCUUUUACAAAGGAGCAACUCCGGAGUACCGGCAUCAUGCUCGGAUGUUACGAAACAAUAUGAUUCUCGUGGGCAAUGAGUCUCUUCGAGAGCGUAUCCUGUUCGGUGAGAUCGUGGCUCAGGACUUGGUCAACAUGGACUCACGCUCUCUUGCGCCACAGUCUCUUCAGGAGCAGAGGAGAGCGGCAGAGUUAGAGGCAUUGAAGAGUGUUGUUCUUCCCGGGGACGCCAAGCAAUUGGAGCCCCCACCAGCAUCCUUCGAUUGGCGAGACGAAACAUGGCGAGUGCAUGAGACCCCGAGCACCACGAAAGAAGCAACCACAGAGGCCCAGAAGCCUUCGGCCACUUCAGAGAAAGGCUCCGAAAGUCAUAGCCAGCUGGAGGCACUAGCUACGCCAGCUACGCCGAUUUCAGAACCCAACGCGCCCAUCAUGCGGACAUCGUCUUAUGGAGCACCGGGCACUCCAGAGGCCAUGGCGACCCCAGCACCUGAUGACGAAGAUGAGCAAGCAGAGGAUCUUAUUCGUUUCUUCUCACAACCUGUUCUGGGCCAUUGA